AUGCAACAGCAAACUGUACUUGAUAUCCAACUACCCCCUUCCCGUGCGUCCCUUUCUCCACAUGAUCUUGAUUUAAGUGAAAUCUCACCAUCUCUAAUCAAACUCCCGACAUUAACUCUCACCUUGAUCCUAACAGAGAACAAAAAUAAUAAUAACAUAGUUGUAAUCUGUUACCCCUACAACAUCUACGUUAUAACAGAGAUAAGGAGAAUUCAAGUAAGUAAGCAAAGAGUUAUUCUUAAGUGCUAA